AACUUUACCUUGAAACCGAAACCAAAACCCUAGACCCUGAGCUUAUAAAACCCCCCAAGUCGCCAUUCCACACUUCCCUUUCCCUUAAACCCUAAACUUCCAAAUUCAAACCCUCUUCAACUAGUAACCAUGAGAGCUCCAAUGAGAGGAGGAGGACGAGGCGGAGGAGGUUUCAGCGGUGGCCGCGGAGACGGAAGCGGUAGAGGGGGUAGAGGAAGGGGAGGAUUCGGUGGCCGCGGAAGAGGCGGCGCCGAUAUGACGCGUGGCGGUGGCAGAAGUGGCGGAAGAGGUGGCGGUAGAGGACGCGGUGGUGGCCGGGGCGGAAGAGGCGGUGGAAUGAAGGGUGGAAGUAAGGUUGUAGUUGAGCCACAUAGACAUGAAGGUGUGUUUAUUGCUAAGGGGAAAGAAGAUGCUCUUUGCACUAAGAAUAUGGUGCCUGGAGAAGCUGUUUACAAUGAAAAGAGGAUCUCCGUUCAGAAUGAAGAUGGGACAAAGGUUGAAUACAGAGUAUGGAAUCCAUUUAGAUCAAAGCUUGCUGCUGCUGUUCUUGGUGGAGUUGACAAUAUUUGGAUGAAACCUGGCUCAAAGGUGCUAUACUUAGGAGCUGCUUCUGGCACCACUGUUUCUCAUGUGUCUGAUCUUGUUGGACCAGGUGGAGUUGUGUAUGCUGUUGAGUUUUCUCACAGAAGUGGUAGGGAUUUAGUUAACAUGGCUAAAAAGAGAACAAAUGUGAUCCCUAUUAUUGAGGAUGCUAGACAUCCUGCCAAGUAUCGGAUGCUUGUUGGUAUGGUUGAUGUUAUCUUUUCUGAUGUUGCUCAACCUGAUCAGGCUAGAAUUCUAGCGCUGAAUGCAUCUUAUUUCUUGAAAGCCGGAGGCUACUUUGUCAUAUCCAUCAAGGCUAACUGCAUAGACUCCACUGUUCCUGCUGAGGCCGUAUUUGCUUCAGAGGUGAAAAAGCUUCAGGCAGAGCAGUUCAAACCCAUGGAGCAGGUGACUCUUGAGCCCUUUGAGAGAGACCAUGCGUGUGUCGUUGGAGCCUAUCGUGUUCCAAAGAAACAGAAACCUGCAUCAUAGGUGCUUACCUGCUUUUGUUUUGUGUCACCGGUGAAUGUAUGGGUUUUUUUGAUUUAGUUUUGCUUGUUAUUUUGAGUGUUCAUUUAUGUAGUAGAAUACAAAUUAAAAGUUUAACAGCAAUUUAUGGUUCAUUUGCAUCAA